CCCUUUCAGCACCAAUUCCUCCAAGAUGGGACAAUUUCUGCUGACAGCGACGGCCGUGGCACUCCUUGCCGCAGCCGGCGGGCUUGUCGACGCCGCCCCAUGCUCGCAGGCUACUGUCGAGUACCUGAUCACCUUUGGCGACUCGUACUCACAAACGGGCUUCAACAUCGACUCGACCAAGCCGUCCGCAGGCAACCCGCUCGGAAACCCUCCACUGCCCGGGUGGACGGCCAGCGGGGGGCUCAACUGGGUCGGGUUCCUCGCGUCGCAGUUCAACGCGUCGACGCUGCUGACGUACAACUUUGCCUACGGAGGCGCCACCACCAACGCCACGCUGGUGCAGCCGUACGCGCCUACAGUGCUGAGCUUCAUUGACCAGGUGGCCCAGUUCAGCGGCAGCAUCGCGUCCAAACCGUCGUACGCCCCCUGGACGGCCGAGACGGCGUUGUUUGGCGUGUGGAUGGGCGUCAACGAUGUGGGGAAUGCCUGGUGGAAGGCGGAGUAUGAUACCUUGCUGGGCCAGAUCAUGGACAGCUACUUCGGCCGGCUCCAGGUCUUGUACGAUGCGGGAGCGAGGAAUUUUGUCUUGCUGGGUGUGCCGCCGAUCCACCGCGCUCCGGCGAAUCUUGCACAGCCUGUCGAGUCCCGGCAAGCCGAAGCGGCUGCUAUCGCCAAGUACAAUGAUGCGAUCGCCGCCAGGUUGAAGGCCUUCAAGGCCCAGAACCGUGGUGUCACCGCCAAGAUCGUAGACACCUCUGUACCCUUCAACACGGCGCUGGAUAAUCCAACACAGUAUGGCUCUCCUGACGCUACUUGCUUCAACUCCGACGGCAAGUCCUGCCUGUGGUUUAACGAUUACCACCCUGGGAUCGAAAUCAACAGGUUGGUUGCCCGAGCCGUGGCCGAUGCUUGGAAGGGGAGUUUCUUCUGAAACUGAGUGCUUGAUGGGUUCAAGUCGGUAACGGAACGAGUUUGUUUUCAGCGGGGUUGAACUCAACUGAGCGUGUGGGUUCAGAACAGGGGAAAGGGGAUCCGGGAUAUACUAUACUCUGCGACGCUGGUGCUCGGUAACAAUAGAACUACCUACUUUUGUGCCAUCCACAGGUAGUUUUGUCAGGUGGUGGCAAGACGCAUUUCCAAGCGAGACCCCCUAAGCUUCAUCCCCGUUGGGCUUGUCGGCCACCUUCUUCAACCCCUUGACAACGAGCGGACUCUGUGUGACCUUUUCCCAGUCAUGUACUGCUACCGUAUUCUCCGCGUUUUCCAUCACCGCUGCAAGACCUCGAGUCCAGACCUCUUGUUCAUACUUCCCUAUCGCUUUUGCCAGCUCCUCCCUUGUGUGCGCUUUCAUGGCACGCAAGUGAAUUUGCAGCUCAGCAACGUCGGUGAUGGCAUUUCCU